ACCGGCGUAAUCUGCAUAAUUCUGUGUCUUGCUGUCGGAAUCGCGAACAUCUUCUCAUUUAACGCCGUCAUUAUCGUAUUCAGCAUUCUGUGCAUUAUUUCCGGAUGUAUCAUCGUCUUCAUUGAAGUGCCAUUCCUCCUCAGAAUCUGUCCUACGUCCGAAAAAUUCGAUACCUUCAUUCGGCGUUUUACGACAAACUGGAUGCGCGCCGCGAUGUAUACCAUUAUGAGUGUUGUGCAAUUCCUGAGUUUGCUCAAGGAUGCUUCAAGCUUGAUUGCCGCAGCCGUCCUUCUGCUCAUCGCCGGUCUUUUCUAUGCGCUUGCAGGUCUCAAGAGCCAAGAAUUUGUUGGCAGCAAGACUCUCGGUGGACAGGGCAUUGCGCAGAUGAUUGUUUAA